AUGUCGCGGAGGGAGAGCCCUUGCCGAAUCUGCUUCAGAGGGAUCUACAGCUGCCACUGGAGGCGUGCGAGAAGGAGCGAACCAAAAUGUCCGUGCUGCUGGUUCACAGCACUCUCUGUGGCUGCCGUGCUUACCCUGAUUUGGAUGUACAUUUGUUUUGUAGCGUUCAAUGACCAAAACGAUGUGAACUGGAAAGGCUUCAAAAUCCUGGGCAUGUGGGUAGACUGGUAUUUUAUACUCAUCAUCUUAUCUGCAGUGCUGGCAUCAUACUGUUUACUGCUACUGCUUUUUGCAUUGUUCCAGUUAGCAUUGAGAGAACCUCUGGAUUUGCAUUGGCUGCACAAGGUGCUUCUCUUCCUAGGCUCAGUCAUUGUCGUGCUAGGGAUCGUUGGAAUAAUCUUCCAGUGGAAAGAAGUGUUGCCUACCAUCCCUCUGUCACUUCAGGCCACAGCACCUUUUCUGCAUUUGGGAGUCAUAGUCGCUUUGACUCUAAUCAGCUGGCUGGUUUUCCGGAGUUACCACAGAGCCAAAAGAACCGUCUCUAAGGUCCUCAUAAUGGUGGCCUUCAUUGGGGUCUCAGUCGCGGUCUUUCUGUGUCCUCUUCUCAUCCGUUCUCCGUGUUUGAUUGACACGCUUCCACAAAAACCUGCUCUUGUCGGGCACAGGGGCGCACCCAUGCUGGCUCCAGAGAACACCAUGAUGUCUUUUAGGAAAAGUAUGGAGUGCGAUGUAACCGCCUUUGAGACUGACGUCCUGUUAAGCAAAGACAAUGUAUCCUUCCUCAUGCAUGAUCAUGACUCAAAGUUUCUAAGGAGAACAACUAACAUAGGUCUUAAUGAAAGCGGUGAAAGCACUGACUACUACUGGCGUGACCUAAAGAAAUUAAACGCUGGAGAGUGGUUUCUAAAGAUGGAUCCGUUUCGGUCAUUGUCCUCCUUAUCGGAAGCCGAUAAAGACGAGGCUCGAAACCAGAUCAUACCUUCUCUGAACGAUCUCCUGAACCUGGCGAAGAAUAACAACAUAUCGCUGAUCUUUGAUAUGAAAAACGCCACUGAAAACAACAGUCACGUACACCACACAGUACAAACCAUUCUGGAUUCUAACAUCUCACAGGACCUGAUUUGGUGGCUUCCUCCUGUUGACAGAGAUCAUGUGAAAAUAGCUGCACCAGGGUUUCGCCAGGUUUAUACCAACGUGUCUCAAAUGGAAGUCAGUGGUGGGAACUUUCUGAAUAUGAAAUACAGUGCACUGAGCACUGAGGAAAUUAGAAACUUACGAAGCAGGAACAUCUCUGUGAACCUGUGGACGGUAAAUGAACGCUGGCUCUUUUCACUAGCGUGGUGCUCGGGGGUUAGCUCAGUGACAACCAACGCUUGUCACCUCCUCAAAGAUAUGUCCAAGCCUGACUGGCAUUUGAGGCCUACGCUAUACAGAAACAUCUGGAUCUCUGCGGAUAUUGUGUCCUUGCUGUUCAUGUGCAUAUUCUUUCUUUUGCAGUGGAGUUUGGAUAGCUCGAUCAAGUCCCAGCAGUCUCCGCUGAUGACCGAACGAGCUAGCCGGCGUCUACGCGCGAUGAAAAAGGGAACAGGUAGUGCUUUACUGCCACCACUGGACGAUACUAUGUACUGCCUUCCUUCACAUCAACCACUGGAGUGA